AUGCAAAACCGAUUGAAACAUUUGGAAAGCCUUGUCAAAGGGGCAAUGGCAAGCCAGCCACCAGAUGAGCAUCAACCCAUCCAUGCUGGGGCUACAUCGCAUCCGCCUUUACCGGAUAAUUAUGCUGGAAUGGAUAUCUCUGGCCGGUUGGUAGGACUGAAUGACACGACCUACAUUGGGGGCAGUCACUGGGCAGCAAUACUGGAGGAUAUUGAGGAAAUGAAAGGUUAUUUUAGCGAAGAUAUCGAAGAAACCUCAUUGGGUGUUGGGAGCACGCGGCCGGAUAUCUCUUUGCUCUUGAACAAUACUGAGUCGCCGACCACUUACAAGGACCUUUUGGCGGCACUUCCGGGGCGAAGUAUGGUGAAUCGACUUGUAUCUCGAUACUUCAACUCCAAUAGUCCCGCACUACAUAUUAUCCAUAAACCAACAUUCCAAAAGCACUACAGAAAGUUUUGGGACGAUCCCCAUGGCUCCCCGAUCAGUUUUCUCGCAUUGAUAUACGCUGUUAUGUGUCUGGGAGCCUUCGUCGCACUGGGGGCCGAUGAAGAGCACCCAAACUCUAGUGGCACUUCACCCGAAAUGGUGCAAAUUUAUCGUGGAUGUUGUGCACAAUGCCUGGCGCUAUCAAACUACGCGAAGCACUCAGGACCGUAUACCCUCGAAACGUUUCUCCUAUACAUAGAAGCCGACUUCGUCCUCAGCAAAGGUAAUCAAAUGAGCUGCUACCUGAUAGUCGGUGUUGCAGUUCGUUUGGCAUUUCGAAUGGGCCUCCAUCGAGAUCCAAACAACAUGGUAGGCACUAUUACGCCGUACCAGGGCGAGAUACGGCGUCGAAUCUGGCAUCUUUUGACCGAAAUCACAGGCAUGUCGUACACACUAGCAAAGGGUCGACUUGCUCGUGUCUUUCAAAAAAUAGUUGAGCAGGCAAAUCUAUUAACACUUCCAAACUAUGCUGAGGUAACGGCAUUGGAUCGAGAGCUACAGCAAGCCUUUUCUGCAAUUCCGCCGUUUCUUUGUGUUGUGCCCAUAGAUCUUUGUAUCACCGACUCUGCUGAGCUUAUUAUACGGCGCUUGAGCCUGGCGGUGCUUUUUCACAAAUCUCGGUGCAUCUUACAUCGUAAAUAUAUCACGAAAGUGGGAGAGAAUGCAGAAUUUUUAUACUCGAAGAAAGCUGCAAUAGAUGCUUCAAGGGAGCUUCUUCGAAUUCAGUCUGAGGUUCACGAUGCUACUCAGCCAGGGGCCGUCCUGUGCAAAGACCUGUGGGUUAUUUCGUCCUUGGCCAUGCACGACCUUCUACUCGCGGCGGUGAUACCAUAUCUGUGCUUAAUCCAAGAGAGUAUGAUCUAUUCUUCCAGAGGCCAGCAGAUACCAGACCCGCAUCAGGCAGAUAUGAUAUCAGAUCUGGAAACAUCCUGUAGGAUUUGGUACGAGACCAGAAGCAUGUCGGUUGAUACAAGCAAAGCCCAUGCUGUGCUAAGUAACAUGAUGAAACGGCUCAACUCCAUCUACCAGCGCCAUAGUGUAGAAUCAAGUGUCUACAUCGAGGCGGGUGAUGCUAGGGAAGUCCUAUCAGGGUCAUUACUGGAGCUAUCAGCGGGCGCUUUCAGCAAUUAUAGUGGUGGGCAGCACGAAGGAUUUGACGAUGCUAUUCCCUUCUCAAGUCAUACAUCUCAGUCCAAUAUCGAUUUUGGAACUAUACCCAUAAAUUUUAUUGGGGAAUCAAGUGACACGCCAAUGAAUUUUGAUUGGGACGUCUUCGACAACGGCAUUCGACAAACUCAUGCAAAUGAUCGAUCUUGGCCGAAUCUUUCUAUCCGAAAUUCGAACUCUGGAGAGGAGAACGAUUACAUCUGUGAAUUGGAAAGCUCUACUGUAUCAUCAUAA